AGUGCCUUCCCCGAGUCAAAGUCCGAUGGGCCAUGCAUCAAACCCGGGCCCUGGUCGUCUCCCCGCAUUCCAAGGAGGAAAGCUUUGGCCUCGCCCAGGCAAGCACGCAAGCCGCCUCAGCCGGACCAGCGCUCAGUAGUGCUGACGUGCGGUGCCAAUGCCGCGCCUUCCACCUCAAUAUUCCCCAUUCCUUUUGUAUUGGUAGCCUGAUAUUCAUCUGUCUCCGAACCGUUUUGCACCAGCUUGUGUACUGACCUCAUCCGAUCUUGACGCCCCCCUGUCGCUCUGCCGUUUCCCUCGGAGUGUUUAGGAAACGCUCACAACCUCUUUCUCACAUUCAUGUUUCCCCCCGUAUGAUGAAACUCAAGGUUGCUUUUGUCUCGGAGAGAAGAACCGCCAUUUGUUUGGAACGAAACCCCCAAAUUCGACCCAAGAAUGAGUU